AUGAGUAUCACCAAGGAAAUUGCCCUCAAUGGACUUGUCAAGAAAAACGUUUUAUCUGUCCCAAUGCACCAGAUUUCAGAACUCAAUAUUCUUCAAGAAUUCUCAGAGAUAAAGCUUGACAAGCUUGAGUCACUCAAUGCCAGUUCAAAUAUGAUAGAAUGAAUUGAAGAGUUUGUUAAAUAAGUGCUUAAAGCUUGAGUUACUGGACUACUCGUUAAACAAGAUCACAAAGAUUGAGAACUUGAAUCCUCCUGACCAAACAAGCAAACUUAAGUUCCUAAAUCUGUCUCAAAACCAGAUCUCUUCGAUUACUGGGCUUAACAAGUUAUCAAAUCUCGUAGUGCUAGAUCUGAGUAUGAACUUUAUCGAGAAGAUAGAGAAUCUUGAAGGUUUAGACAGCCUUGAGCAGCUGAUAUUAUUUGGAAACAGGAUUAGAGUCCUCGAGAAUCUUGAUGGACUUGGCAACCUCAAAGUCCUUAAGAUCAACAACAAUAGACUACUCACUAUCAGUGAACUAGCUCUAUAUGAUUUUCAUAGUUUACAGGUACUCCAUGCAGCAGAUAACAUAAUAGACACUGAUGAAUUAGAGAGCUGCAUCAAGACAGUAUUAUCCUUAGAGGCACUCCAAGAGCUCAGUCUCUAUGGAAACCUUGUGGCUGAUGACCCUACCUACAAAUUUGCUUUCUCAGAUCACACAAAUUUGGCCAAACUAGAUGGUCUAGAACUAAAGCCAGCCAUCAAGCAGAAGUUCCAGUCAAUGAAGAAAGAUUACGAGAUUGAUAAACUUGUUGAAACCACGAAGGAAGAAUACUUCAAAAGAAUUGAGGCAGAAAGGGAGCUCAAAGUGGCUGCUGCCAACAUGCUCAAAAAGCAACAGAAGUCAAUUACUGAUCAAUAUGACAACUUUAUCGAGUACAUGGAAAGAGACUUUGACGGAUUCAUCAACUAUGUUUAUGAUCUUAAGAAGAGGAAGGACCUUGGCCAAGAGAAUGAAAUUACCGAUAUCGAUCUUUACCAAUGGCGGAAAACACUUCAAGAAAAAGAAGAGGAAAGACUAAGACUCCUCGAAGAGGCUCUGAAUGGGAUAGAGAGCAAAGAAAAAUUUAUGCUUGGUUCCCAGAUACUCUCAUCUGAUAAAGAAGAAGCUUAUAAGGCCAGCAUGCCAUUUCCUAAUAUGGCAAGCCAGUUAGAUAAGAAAGGAGUUUAUAUGGAAAUUGAUCCAGAAAAGAGACAAAUGUAUCCUCCACCAUCUAAUAAGAGCAGGAUUGAUGAUGCUCUUGAUGGCUAUGAGAAAUUUAAAGAUGAAGAUUAUAAAGCAAAAGAAAAGCAUCAGCAAAUUAUGAACGAUCCUUCUAUCGGAGAUCUCAAUUAUCAGCCACCUCCUCCUGAUAUUCCUAAUUUGAGAGAUCCACGGCUUAGAGAAUUAUAUCAGGAAGAAGAUAAAAACAACCUUGAACCUGAUAAUGACUUUAAAAAUCUUGGAGAGACAGAAGCUUUAGAUCAAAACAAAUAUUACUAACCCUCUAAAUGGGCAAGAAAUGCCACAAGAUCCUCAGAGUAUGCCUAGAGAGGAAUCUAAAGAUCCUCAACAUUACAACAACCCCAACCAUGGUCCAAAUCCUAAUGCUCAAAAUCCCUCAUCUAUAGACCAGAGUGAGGCAGUGCCUCUCCAGAGUGCACCAUCAGAACCCUCAAAAGGCAACAAAAAAAAGAAGAAUUCCAAAAAGAGUAAGGAUAAGAAGAAAAAGCAGCAGGCAGACCCCCAGAGCCAAUCUGGCCAAGACAGGCCUCCUAAGAAGAAGUCAAAAGGAUGCUUAAUUUUCUAGAACAAGUCUUAACUA